UUUGACACCGCCCCUCCGGAGGGUGCAGCGGAACUGUGGAGUCGCCAACUGUCGGUUAGGUUUGCUGGCUGUAAACAAAUCUGUACGCCGCCGCGAUGUACAGAAAAGGCUUAUUUCUCGAAAAGCAAUUUUCUGUACUUUCGCCGCGGGUUGUAACGCUUAUCAUGUUGUGAGACUGUCGCCUGUUAAACGAUUGGCGGCCUGGUAGCGCGAGGACAGUUGAUCUUUACCUAACACUGGUUAGACCUGUCAUCCUUUGGCCAGUGGUAUCCCAGGUAGCCUAUUUUUUAUAUGCUACAAUUACCAUAAUGGUUGCCCGGUGCAUUGUUCAUGAAAGCUAGCCCGCUAACGGUUAGCAUAUUUGGCUUUUUGUUUUUUAUUUUUUGUGCAUCGAGCAGCAUACAUAGUUUUAAUAAUUUCAGACGCACUUGAACAUGGCAUCGGCUGCAGAGCACGACCUGUCUCUGUCUGAGGCGGACAGCAGCAAGGAAAAAUCACAGGUGUUUGGGAUUUUGAGGCUACAGGAAGAGAAAACUGGUGCUGGGGAUAAAGCUAACAUCACCAGCACAGUGAGAGGAGGAGGUGGAGGAGACGGGCGAUGGCAGGCUCCUAUCUUCGCUUUGGCCAGGAAAGCGUCCGAGACUAUUUCAGGGAGCAUUCAUGUCCUGCCCAAAGUGUCAGAACACAGGACGUCUCUUCCAGGGGACUGGACUGUCCAAGCCUUGCGAGACCCCAUGGCCAUGGAGCGAGCAAACCUGCUGAACAUGGCCAAGCUGAGUAUUAAAGGUCUGAUCGAGUCAGCUCUGAGCUUUGGGCGAACUCUGGACUCGGACUACCCACCUCUCCAGCAGUUCUUUGUUGUCAUGGAGCACUGCCUUAAACAUGGUCUCAGAGUGAAAAAGUCCUUUUUGGGUUUUAACAAGUCUUUGUGGGGUCCACUGGAGCUGGUGGAGAAACUGUGUCCAGAAGCAGCAGAGAUCUCAGCAUCCGUACGAGAUCUUCCCGGCCUUAAGACUCCUUUAGGCAGAGCCAGAGCAUGGCUGCGUCUGGCUCUCAUGCAGAAACGGCUGGCCGACUACCUAAGACUUCUCAUCACUCGAAAAGACCUGCUCAGUGAUUUUUAUGAGAAUUCAGCACUGAUGCUGGAGGAAGAGGGGGCAGUGAUUGUGGGCCUGCUGGUGGGCUUGAACGUCAUUGAUGCUAACCUGUGUGUCAAAGGCGAGGACCUCGACUCUCAGGUUGGAGUGAUCGACUUCUCCAUGUACUUGAAAAAUGAUAUUGAUGACUACAGGAGUGAGGAGAGGAAUAGCCAGAUUGCAUCCAUUUUGGAUCAGAAGAACUAUGUAGAGGAACUGAACCGACAGCUGAACUCUACAGUUCAUGGUCUUCAGGGCAGAGUUGACUCUCUAGAAAAGUCCAACUCCAAACUUAUUGAGGAGUUAGCAAUAGCCAAGAACAACAUCAUCAAACUGCAGGAAGAAAACCAACAGCUGAGGAGUGAAAACAACCUGAUUCUGUUAAAGGCACAGCAACAUUUAGAGGUUACUGAAGGAGAUGUGUCAGUGGAGAGAGACACUUACAAACAGUCUCGUCAGGGUUUGGAUGAGAUGUACAAUGAGGCUCAGAGGCAGCUGAAAGAGGAGUGCCAGCUCAGACAGGAUGUGGAGAAUGAGUUGGUAGUCCAAGUGUCAAUGAAACAGGAAAUGGAGCUGGCCAUGAAGCUUCUGGAGAAGGAUAUUCAUGAAAAACAGGACACACUGAUUGGACUGAGACAGCAGCUGGACGAGGUGAAAGCCAUCAAUGUAGAAAUGUACCAGAAAAUGCAGUCAUCCGAUGAGGAGAUGAAGAAGAAGAAUGAUAUGAUCAGUCGUUUGGAGGAGAAGACCAAUCAGAUCACUGCCACCAUGAAGCAGCUGGAGCAGAGAUUACAGGAGGCAGAGAGGCAGCGCACCUCAGCCGAGGAGGGAACCAGACGCUUCAAGUUGGACUUCGCUAACAAGGCCGACAGCCUGCAGCGGCAGAUUGAACACAGAGAGAAGCAGCUCCAGCAGCUGGAGACAGACCUGAAGAUAGAGAGGGAGUGGAGACAGACAUUACAAAACGAUCUGGACAGAGAGAGAGACACAGUGGCUCAGCUCAGCACAGAGGCUCUGCAGAUCAACGGACUGAAAAAGGAGUUUCAUCGUCUCCAGGAUGAAAACGUUCAGCUGAAGACCAUCUGUGAGGAUCAAGAACAAGCUCUAGAGGAACUAGGCUCCAAACUCAGCGAAUCUAAACUUAAGAUUGAGGACAUUAAAGAAGCCAACAAAGCUCUCCAGGGGGGUCAGGUUUGGUUGAAGGACAAAGAUGCUACUCACUGCAAGCUGUGUGAGAAGGAGUUCUCCAUCUCAAGAAGAAAGCAUCACUGCAGGAACUGUGGGGAGAUUUUCUGUAACAGCUGCUCCGACAAUGAGCUUCCUCUGCCAGCGUCUCCCAAACCAGUCAGAGUUUGUGACACCUGCCAUGCCCUCCUACUCCAGAGAUGCUCCUCCAAUCCAACAUGAGAGCACCCCGCAACACUGCCAGGAUAAUUUAAAAACAAUUUCUGUAUAUCUGUCUGCAGGAUCCAUGCCCCCAACUUGUAUGAACAGUAUUUGCUGCUAAGGGGGGACCAUGUGCACAAGCUUGAUGUUAUUCUUGUUUAAAAAGCCCCUGGUAGACUAAAAGAGUGGUUCCUGCACUGGUUUCAUGUGUCUUUUUCCAGGAGUUCAAAAGGUUUUCUCCUGUAAUUGAAUACAGAGGAGAAGCAGUUAAGUCUGCUGUAAUAUGGGCUAAAAUAUUCUAAUAACAGAGAAGUUAAAGUUCUUACCUUAAUAUUAAUAAUUAUGACUGUCUUCAAUUUUCUAAAUAUACAUGUUAAACCAUUAAUUUAUAGAAGAAAAAUGGACAGCAUGCAGUACACUUUCACCCACUGUCUCUGGGUGUUUAAUAGUUGGAAGACUGAACAUCCCAUGGUGAACAGCUGGGCUGCUGUUCAUUCUUUUUUAGAAGCAUGAGGAUUUGAGAUGAAAAUGAAAUUGCACUGCUUCUGCCAAAUGCAGAUGGGUGUCUUAGUUGUUCUCAACACCAUAUCAUCUUAAUGCAUGUGACAAACUGUGAGCAUUUGGCGUGUAGCAAGACACAAGAUUAUAUUCAGUACACUCUUUCUAUUACUUGGCUUGUUUUCAGAGUUUUCAUGUUCAUUUUAAUAGAAAUGAACACAAUCUUAAAAACAGUGUUCACACGAAUUAACAGUAGACCAAAUCAGUCAGAUACUACAGUAAAUCAUUAACUCUGUAUGCACUGCCUGGCUGAAAAAAACAAAACAAAACAAAAACCUAGAAGCAUUAUGAUCUGGGAUUGCUUCAGACGAGUUUACACAGUGGCUUGACAGUCCCAUCAACAUCUCCAUGAGCAAUGCAACUCCAGAUAGAAAUGGACUAGAAAAAGGACUUUUUUUUGGUUAAGCAGUGUAUAUCUUUGUGUAUAGAUCAAAACUGUGCCACAAAAAGAAACCAGGGUCAUUCUUUUAAUUAAACUGGUUAACAUGUGUACCCUCAUGUUUUGGAUUCAGUGGGUCACAUUCUUCAGACUAAUUCCAGUAUGGCUUGAGAACUGCUGACAACUUCAUCACAGGGCUGUGGGGUAUGAAAAGUGUUUUUUCCUCCUUUUAUAAAUGGUGCCAUAUGAGCAUACAUUUAUAUGAUAAUACACGAUUUAAACAUUUGAAAGUAGCAACACUAGCCAAUCAAUCUCGAUUAAAGGCACAUUUCACAGUUUUGACGCACUAAUUAAUGCAGUGGAUGCUGCAACAAAUCCAGCCAACAUCAGUUUGGAUGGCUCUUGUGUUGAUGAAGGUUAUGACCACUUCACUCACUGGUGGUGUUCUUAUGAUCAGACUUGAGUGUUACACACUUCUGACAACUUUGCCACAAAAUAUGUUUGGUACACUUGCCAAUCACUUGCUGGUAAAUAUAAUUUAUUUUGUAUUUUCUUGUUUAAAUCACAUUAUUUUGUACUUUACCAAGUUCUGGGACCUUGUAUAAACUUUCAAUGUUAACUUGAAGUUGUGGUAAAAGUUUAUAAAAUCUUUUACCGCUGCUCCGUUCCUGAGAGGGAAGGUUUGAAACUUUUUUUUUUUUUAAAUCCAUCUUGUCAACCUGUCAAGACCAUAUUAAGUGAUAGGUACCAACAAGUUACAGUAUACUGUAUAUAUGGUUUUGCACAUACUAUGUUUACAGCAUUUUUUUGGAAAUGGAAAUCUUGGUUCCAAUAUAGUUUCUGAACUGAACGCAGUAAAUUUCUUUUUGUUAAUCUUGUAAAUCUUCCAGUUUACAGUAGGAUUUGUACAGUGUUGAUAAAACUACACAUUGUAUAUAAUUUUGUUAAAGCUUCAGCUUACUAAUCCUUUCUGUUCUAAAUUAAAUUGAUUGCCAA